AUGGCACAAUCAGUUGCACCAAAAACACCACAAGGGGAAAAUGGUUUUAAUGUGUUGGAUUAUGGUGCCGUUGGUGAUAGCAAAAUUGAUGAUUCUAAAGCUUUUCUUAAAGCAUGGGCAGAUGUAUGUGGAACCAGUGGAGAAAGCCAAGUUCUGAUAGUGCCACAAGAAAAAAGUAUUUCUAUUAAGGCCGUUAACAUUCUCAGCAUCAUUGGGACAGGUGACGAUUGCAUUGCAAUAAAGGGUGAAUCAUUUUUGGUCAAUAUUACAAGGGUUACAUGUGGACCAGGUCAUGGCAUAAGUAUUGGAAGCUUAGGAAACGAUGGAGACAAUGAUGUAGUAGAGCAGGUACUUGUGAACGAUUGUAUAUUCAAUGGAUCAACAAAUGGAGCCAGGAUUAAGACGUACCAGGGUGGAUUAGGACAUGUAAGUGGCGUCACAUUAAUACUACAAACCCCAUAA